AUGCACACCACCACCACCACCGGUCAAUCUGAUUUUCUGUUACAUACUUGUAAAACCUGUGGAUUCAAGUUUUCUCCUGGAGACAAAGAAGAUACAAGAGUUCACAAAGAGUUUCACAAAAGAUACACUCAUGGUAUUCAAUUCAAGGGUUGGCGUAAUGAAAGAGUUAUAGAUACACACUCAUUAGAACACGGACGUGGACGUGUUAUUUUGGUACUUAAUGAUGAUCCUCCUGCUCAUAUUAAAAAGGCUGAGGAGGUUAUAAAGAUGAGGGAGAUGGAGCUUGGUGAUGGAUGGAUCUUCCAUAAACACUGUAAGGUUUAUCUUUAUAUCUCCUCCCAACGGGUUGCUGGAUGUCUAGUUGCAAAGUCAAUAAACAAAGCAUAUCCUUUAGUUUCAAACCCAGAUGUCACCACUGAUGGGUGUUAA